UUUACUUUGUCGGUUCGACGUGGAAAGACGCAUAGAGGGAUAAGUCGGUUGUGACUGAGCAGUGUGAGAGGACACAACGAGGUCCUGACGAGAGGGCCCGACGAGGACACAGCAACGAAGAUGCCAGAGCGAGCAUGCGACAGCGACACAUCGUUUGGCUUCAUUAUCAGGAACCACGAACAAUCUGAGCGCAAUUGCAACAGAGAACGCUUGUCCCAGCUGCAGAGAUUGGUAAGGAUCGGCAAGCUGAACUGUUGUUUACUCUUCGAGGACGACGUUCCGUCCGAACCGCAAAUCCCCGAUCAUCAGCAACAUAAGCCAUUCAACGGAGUUUGCGUAUUACCAAACAUGCCGGACGUGGACGCUUUGAUCCAAGAGUUCGAGGCGAAUUACACGAGCGGACCGCCAAUGGCUGAGAAGAAGAGCGCGGCGACAGUCGCGAAAGCCAAGGGUAUAUUCGUCAAGAAAAUCAUCGAGAUCUACGAGAUGAAGAACGGGAAAACUAAGCCGCUGGACGGUCAACAAGCUGACGUGAGACUGACCGUCGAGGAUAAACGAAGGCCGAAGGAGGACAGCCUUUUCAGGACCGUCCAGACGUCGAAGAGGGCGGCGGAGACUCAAGAAAUUACGGAAAAGCGCGAACUCGCUAAUAUGACAACGACGGCAAACUCUGUUUCCCGCGAAGUUGACGUGCAAAUUGAAAUAAACGAUGAUGACAACGACGACGAUGACAACAAUGAAGAAAAUAACGAUCCGGACGAUGUUAAGGAAGAGUUGAAGCUGACCGCCGUCGUUCCCAACCUCCACGUUGACACAUCUUCUUCCAAGACGGAGAAGAGAAAGAUAAAAGAGAAGAACAAAGAGAAAAGUUCGAGAAAGUUGCGGGGGUUUCUUUGCAAGUUCAACAGGAGCGGCUCGAAGCGCGUGACGAAGAGAUGCCGACUGGCGUUAUCGCAACGGGACGAACGCUGGUGCACGAAGAGAAGCGGUCGAAUCUUCCUCGAGCCCGAGUUGAGCAAGGAGUUCGUAUCAAAGUGCGAUAGCGCGGUUAACGCGAAAUCUCCAAGCGGAGGUAAUUCGCGCAACGAAGACGGCCACGACGUCUUGAGUGUCACGGAGUCGCAGGAUGACUCCGGCAAUAGCUAUAAAAACCUGCAGGUCAACAUGUUCGACUUCGAGGACGAAGGUCCGUGGUACGAGACGCGGGAUUCCGAGAGUGACGACGACUCGUUGAGCGUAAAGAGCGUCGAUCAAUUUUUGCCGAGUCUUGAUCGACGGUAUAACUCCGACGAAACCGCCGACGAGGCGACUUAUCUCGCCAGCUCGUCCUUCGAGGACGAGAACAACACGAGUGCUCGAGUGAACGGCUACGAUGAGAGCACAGAAAUGAGUACGGGACUGUCUGCCUUCGCCGACGAAUCCGCUAAGGAUUGUCUGGGGCAGUCGACUAAGACAAAGAAUGGGUCCCCCAAUCUGGGAUCGAAACUGCAGCAAAUUUUUGCGAAGGAAAGACUGAAGAAAAUUCUAUCGCUGUUCAAUACGAAGCGAUAUUUCAAGAAGAAGAGUGCCAUCGACAAGACGAAGUACAACUGGCAAUUGCUGCAGAAAUCGCAGCAGCCGACGUUGAGCCCGGACUCGGGUUUCGACGAGCCGUCCGUUUCCCUGAUUUCUUCCAGCACCUUACCGACCUCCUUGUUCCUGUCGGAGAAGUCCACGUGCAACAAUUAUCCCGAGCCAACGUUGUCUUUCAGGACUUUCCGCCCGCGAGAUUCUCUUCCUCGCGAAGGUAUUAGCAAGAGCAAGCGUCGUCUGGUGCUGAACGAAUUGUCUCAUGAGGAGCUUGCGAACGUACAGGAUGAGUCCUCCUAUAUCAUCCCGGACGCACAGACGAAGACUUCGUACGGCGAUCUCUUUCCUGUGAGCUCCAGCCCUUCGUACAAGGGCAGCACAAGCACCGCGAGCUCGCCGAGGUCGAAAGUUUCUUCUUCGCUGUUUCUCAAGUAUUCCUACCUGUCGCAGAAAAUUCCCAGGAGCACUUUCCUCUCACUGACGAGGGUGGACGAAUUGGGCAAAGAACUGAACGAGCAGCUCGACGUGAGUGAGCUGCGACCUGAAUACAGCGCGUCGUUGAAUCUCUUGAACGGAUGGAUGUCGUCGUCUCCAUAUCAAGUUUGCAAGGAACCAAGGUGGAGGUCGACACCCACGCUCGCCAGUUUCGCCAAGGAAUCGCCCUGCUACUUUUACGAGCCAAUCGGCCGUGGGAAGGUCUACCACGUUUACAGCGGCGCGAAGAGGAACGUCCCGAUUUUCGGCACGGGCUCCCUGAGCAACAUCACCGGCUCGAGCUGCUUCGCCACCGUGAAACCGAGGAAUUGGAGACCCUACAUGCGCCUCGAGGAAUCACGAUCGUUCGAGGAGGCCGAUGGUAUCAAAAGGUGCAGCUCUAUGUGAAAGAUGAUGCACCGGUUGAAUUACGCUUGGAAAGACCGAUAAGUUCAUAGUAGCGCAUUCGAGUCGCGGUUUAAUUAAACUUCGCCGUUCAGCCGCACUGCGCCGGAGAUAGCGCUAAUGCCCACUCGUAGUUAAUUAACUGGUGGGCAAUUUAAUUUGCUGAGAAAAAACAUAAGUCGGGGUAGUGAUAAAUCUGCAAAAUUAGCGAAAGCGUGCGAAGACGUGCGAGAUGUCCGCGUGGGUCCCGAAUAUUCAAUUGUAACAUUAAUACGUCGCAUCGCACGUGUAAAUAAAUGCUGUUUGUAGUUAUCAAAUGUCUAUCGUGUAUUAUCGAGAGACUCCAGCGACAUUGACGUAAAUCGCCUCGCUUUUGCCAUGGAGCGCUCGUCGCGAAUGAUGAUCGAAAUUCACGCUUGAUGCUUUUCGCAGAUUAUAAUGCAUUUACGAUCGCUUGCGCGACUAAGGGCCGUGAUUGAAGUCUGUGAUUAAAGUUCGUGAUCGGAGCGACUAUUUCCUCCGUUCGGCUUUAGAGGAGCGGCCAAGUGUGCGCGGUAACUCAGGCUGCGUUUCGUUUCCACGCAUAAUGCGCAUGAAGCGCAGCGUUAGAGUGACAGAGAUACGAAAGUAAGAUAAAAUGAGAGGGAGAGCACUCGGGUGAGUUUCUCGAACCUAGGUUAGGUUAGUUCUCGAACGCAUGAACUGCCUCAGCUCCGAGUGCAGUCCAUGCGAUCUCAUGCGUUCGAGAACUAACCUAAUCUAGGUUCGACAACCUCUCCCUCUCUUUUUAUCUUACUCUCGUGUCUCUGUCACUCUAACGCUGCGUUUCAUGCGCAUCAUGCGUGGAAACGGAACGCACCCUCAGACACAAUGACACUCAGACACUCUGAUAUCGUGCACAAUGCAUGAUAGGCGGUAUCUUGAAAACAUCCAAAAGAUUUCGCUUGAAUGUCUUUUGGAUAUUUCCGAUACGUCUUUCAGUCGUUUGUGCCGCCUGAGUAUCGAUAUCAAUCGUCCUUGCGAAUCUCGCGAUACUAUUUCGUAUAAUACGCCGCGAUCAUUUCCAGUCCGGUCAAAUCAAGGCUUCUCUCAACUGACAGUGGCGUUUCUUGAUUGUCGCAAGACCGGACGCGUUCUUGUGGAAACUUAUUUAAGAUUUUCACUUGACUCUGUACACUCACCUUUUUUUUCGCUCUCUCCAGCGCACGUUUGCAGAACUCGGCGUCAUUUGCGAACAGCUCCAUUCACUUUUCUCGCCGAUACAACCGACAGCUUCCACUUCGCGACGGGUUUGAUAAUGAUCGCAAAGGAAUCUCGUUCGUUUCUCGCGAAAUGACACGAAGAUUCGCCCGGUAUAUCUCUUUACACACAUGUACACACACGUACACAGGACGGAGGGUCGCGAAGCGAAAGCAGUAAAGGGCGAUAUCACGUAGCGUACAUACCUAGUAUUGACGAAGAUGCACUUUUCGAGUCUCUCGUAUUUCUUUCGGAAAUAUCGGGGAAGAUCUCGAAUUGCGUCGAGAGAACAGAGCUUUACACCGGAGCGAUUUUACAGCCCUUGACUUCCCGGAAGCUGUCGAUAUCGUAGCUUAAGUGCAGAGCAAGUCAACCGAUGCGGCGAGAUACGCGCGCCUGUAAUUGACUACACACAUUAAGAGGGCACACGAAGAGUCUUCUUUUCUUCUCAUGACGAUCUAUUUAAUGUGUGAAUUAUACAUACUUUUACAUGCGGACUGAUGUACAUGUACAUAUAUACACACACUCACACAUAAAUAUUGCACAAGCAUUCACCAAACUCA